AUGCCCGAUGAUAUCAGGGACAUAACCACAGAGUUUUUCGAAGCAGGCUACCCAGAGCGUCGGUACGCAAUCAUCAGGUGUAACCACGGCAGCGGGGAUUCCCAAUUCUCCGAUGUUGAGGGAACAGAACUCAUCGAGGAAUUAGCCGGCAUCCUUUUAAGUCGAGAUGAGGAAAUAGAGGGAGGUGCAAGAAUUGUUAAGGGGAAGGAAGAAGGCCGGGCAAUGGACAUAUUUAUCGAAGAACCGUUCGAUUUUUUACUCAUUGUUUAA